AUGGAUCCACGCGAUCACGCCGCCGCCGGCUCGGCGCCGGCUCCGUCGCCGGGCGGCGCCGCCCCACGCGGGCCCCCGUCCCCGGGCCGCGCCGGCCCCCAGGGCCGCGGUCGCGAGGCCGCCCGCUCCAUCCUCAAGCGCGUCGUCUCCCGCUCCGACGACGGCCGCGGCACGGGCGCCCGGGGGCGUCGGCCCCGUCCGCCGGUGCGCAAGGCGGCCUCCCUGCACGGCCACCUGGACCGGGCGGCGGCGGCGGCGGCGGCGCCCCCGGCCCCGCGCUCGCCCUCCCCGCUGCUGCGGGUCGAGUCGCCCGGGAGCCCCUCGGGCGGCCGGCGGCGCCGGCUCUCGGUGUUCGACUCGCUGGCGACGGCGCUGCAGCGGCGCCGGCACUCGGCGUCGGAGGCGCUGCAGAGGAUCUUCACGCGGCGCCGCAGCAGCUCGGCCGUGCGGGCGCUGUCACGCAGCUCGCACCAGCUGCUGGCGGCCGUGGCGGCCGCCAGCAGCUCGCGGGAGGGGGCAGCGCGGGACACCGGCGACUUGGGUUCCUCAAGUUCCGCGCGGCGCCCGACGGCCAAGUACACGAAGGUGGGCGAGCGCUUGCGCCACGUGAUCCCGGGACCCGUGCAGUGCUCCGUAGCAUGCGGGGGCCGCGCCUGCAAGUACGAGAAUCCGUCCCGCCUGCGCGCCGACGAGCAGGCCGUGCGUGGGGUGUACUCCUCCUGGGUCACCGAGAACAUCCUGGCCAUGGCUCGCCCGUCCACGGAGACCAUCGAGAAGUACGACGUCAUCGAGCAGUUCAAGAGUCUGGGUAUCAGCACGGUGAUUAACCUGCAGUGGCCGGGGGAGCACGCGAGCUGCGGCUUCCCCCUGGAGGAGGAGAGCGGCUUCACCUACCUGCCUCGCGUCUUCAUGGACAACAACAUCUAUUUCUACAACUUCUGCUGGAAGGACUAUGGCGUGGCGUCGCUCACCACCAUCCUCGACAUGGUCAAGGUCAUCACCUUUGCCCUGCAGGAGGGGAAGGUGGCGAUCCACUGCCACGCCGGCUUGGGGCGCACCGGUGUGCUGAUCGCGUGCUACCUGGUGUUUGCGGGGCGCAUGCACCCGGACCAGGCCAUCCUGUACGUGCGCGCACGCCGCCCCAACGCGGUGCAGACGCGCGGCCAGCUGCUGUGCGUGCGCGAGUUUGCUCAGUUCCUGGCGCCCCUCCGCUCCGUCUUCAGCUGCAUGGCAUGGGCCCCCCCCGCCGAGCCCCUCACGCCGGGCCCCGCCUGGCCCGCCCCCACGCCCUACCGGGCCCCGCCGGUCACGCUCUCGCAGUACCUCAUCCGCCAGAGGCACCUGCUGCACGGCUAUGAGGCCCGACGCCUGAAGCACGUGCCCAAGAUCGUGCACCUGGUUUGCCACCUACUGACGCAGAUCGCCAACAAUGCAUGCCCUCCCACACACGGGGACGGCGGCUCGGACUCGUCGGACGGCGAGGUGGAGGUGCCCGACCUGACGGCGGAGAUCGAGAAGACGGUCUCCCAGCUGGCGCUGCUCUGCUUCGAGCCCGACGCCGCGCUGCUUCCUGACUCCGCAGACGAGGAGGAGGGGGAGGAGGAGGAGGGGGAGGAGGAGGAGGGGGCGGGGGGGCCCGCGGACCCCGGCGGCCACGGCACCCUGGCCCCCCGGUGGCCUCGGGGCGGCCGCACCGCGGCGGGCGCCCGGCGGCCCGGCCCGCGCAGGUUCAGCUACAGCGACUCGGACCUGAGGAGGGCGGGUGCCGGCGAGGGCCCGCGGGAGGCAGGCCCCGCGAGCCCGGCGGGAGAGCCCCGCUUUGCCGCCGGGGUCCCCCCCCGGCCGGGCGGCCCCGCGGAGCUGGGAGGGGCGGUGGGAGAGCGGACGGCGGGGCGCCGGCGCGAGGACGGCGAGCGCGGCGUGGCUGGCGGGAGGGCCGGCGGGAGGGCCGGCGGGAGGGGCGGCGGAGCCGACCCCCGCACGCUGUUCUACCAACGGCUGGGCGACGGCGCCUCCGGGACGGCGGACCCCCCUCUCGUCGCGGUGCCGCCGCUCCCUCGGGACCCCCCCCCGCCGAUCGUGCUGCACAGCCCCAGCGACGAGUCGCAGCCCGAAGAGGGGGACGGCGUUCGCGUCGGACGGUCGGGUCCCGCCGCCGGGCCCGCCGGGAGGUCCGCGGUGGCGACGGCGUCCGAGGGCGAGGAAGAGGAGGUGGCGGUAUCCGCGGUGGCGCCGGGUGGGGAGGUGGCGACCGCGCCGGAAGACGGGACCCGGCGCCGCUACGGCGGCGGCGGCGGCGCCGGCAGGGCGGACGACGCGACGCCGCCCGGCCCCUCUGGCGGGGCCCACCGUCGGACCGGUGGGGCGCGGCAACCGGCGCCCAACGGCACGUGUGUGCCGGAGCGGGAGGGCCGGGAGUCUCUGCCCCGGCGGCAAGAGCAGCAGAAACGGUGGCAGCAGCAGCAGCAGCAGGAGCAGCGGAGGAGGGUGAGGAGGCACCAGCGCCGGAGCCCGUCGCCCAGGGAGGCGGUGACGCGAGCGGACACGCCGCCGGGGUCGCGCGGUGGCACCGGGGGGGGCGCCCGGGCCUCGGAGGGGAGCGAGGGGGAGGGGGACGGGCCCUCGGUGGGGGGGAGAGGGGGGCCCCGCCGGCUGGAGGUGGCGCAGGCGCUGGCAGAGGAGACGCCAGAGCCGGGGUGUGCGCUGUGGGAGAGGGUGGCUGCGUGGCAGCGGGAUCUGAACUGGCGCGAGGGAGCGUGGGAGCGGCUGUGCGGCGAGCGCCGCCCGGCCGUGCUCGCCGCCCUCCUGUUCUCGUGGCUGGAGCAGCUGCGCGAGCCGGCGCUGGGCCACGCCGACCUGGAGCGCCUGCACGAGGCGGGCGACGCCCGCGGGGUCGGCCCUGCCACGCGGGCGCUGCAGGCACUCAGCAAGGGCCAGGAGCAGACGGUGCUGUGCGUGAUGGACUGUGUCGCCGGGCUGGGGCCGCUGCCUCCACAGCUGGAGGACGCGCUGCUGUGUCGAGUGGCACGCGCGCUCACACAGGUCGGCCUGGGAGGCUCCGGUGGGGAAGAGGAGGAGGAGGGGGAGGAGGCCGUGGCGGGGGCCCUGAGGGCCCUGCUGGGGCCCCUGCUGGUGGAGCGCAGAGGAGAGGCGGCGUGUGCUUGUUGGUGUGCGUGCUUUAGGGUGUUUGAUGUCAAUGUGGAGCAGCGGUUUGGGCAUUGCGCCACAAAUGCAAGCACCCGUUGGAUUCCAGACCACGGCCAACACCAGCGGCGAGCAAGAGCCACACGGGCUCUGUGGGCCCACCCCUUCGCCAGACUGCACCGACCGGCGGUGAUCAAGUCUCGUCACACAACCCUCUUGACCGACACGGCGUGGGGAGACCUUCAUCCAGCAGUGGAUUGAUCAAGGGCUGUACAGUGUAUUUAUUUUGUAGUUGCCGGUGUCUCAGUGCGUACCGUUAUGUACGUGUAUCACAGCGUCUGCGGUCGCGUGUUUUGGCACACGCGCGUGCCAUCGUGUUCCCGUUAGUGGUGAGCGUCCGCGAGUUCGAUUCCAGGCCACGGCAAACAUCGGCGACGAGCAAAAUCACAGCCUGUCCCGAGCACGCAAAUCGGUUGUAAAGGAGUACCCUGUGCGAUGUGUAAACAUCGGCGUUAGGGAGACAAAGGUGGCCGGGCGUGGUGCCGUCCACGCCAACCCGUCACGCGCGCCCGUUCAUAGGUGCUCCCUAACAGCACUUGCCCCGACAGCCUUCUGAAGGCUAUACGGGGGACUUUGUGUCAGUUGCCGGGCACGGCCUGCAGAGUGGGAGCCCGAGUGUGGUUGGCGGGGGCACGUCAGUGGCGCCGGUGUCGUUAUUCAUUUGUCGUCCGCUCGUGAAUAUUCCCAGCGCUGGGAGCGAAAAUAAAAACGAUAGCG